UUUUCAUGCUAUAUAAAUAAUUAAGGAAGGAGUAUUGUAGAACGAGUAGAUGUGAUAGGUUUCCGCAGAAGACUUUGACAUUCUCUCAUUCCAAUGAAGUUCUCCCUCUGCCUCUGCUUACUACUAAUUGGUCUUCAAGUCCACUGUCAUCAUGUCCCAGGACAUAGCGAUGAACAGGAGGGAAAUGGAGAGGAACACCCACUUGAACAUCAACAUCACCCUUUAGCAGGACAAGAAAUCGAACCCAGCAGCUAUAAAAAGAUAGUUGACAGCAAUGCUAAAUUUCUGUUCCGAUUGUAUAAGCACAUCUCUUCAGAUUCAGCAACCCAAAACAUUUUCUUCUCUCCCCUGUGUAUCUCCACGUGCUUUGCCAUGCUGACUCUGGGUGCAAAAGAUGAAACUCAUCAUCAGAUUUUCCAUGGACUUGGUUUCAACCUUUCAGACAUUCAGGAGAAUGAGAUCCAUGCAGGGUUUAAUCGAAUAGUCUGCACGCUUAACCAACCCAAUAAUGUAACACAGAUGACUCUUGGGAAUGCUUUGUUCAUAGAAGAGUCAUCGAAACCACUUCCUAAAUUCCUGAAUGAUGUCAAAACCUUGUAUGAAGCUGAAACCUUUUCAACUAGUUUCAAGAACUCCAAAGCAGCAGAAUAUGAGAUAAAUGAUUAUGUAAAGAACAAAACUAAUGGAAAAAUCAGCCAUGCAGUCAACAACCUAGAUCCACAUACUGUAAUGGUUCUUCUAAACUAUAUCUUCUUCAAAGCCUCCUGGAAAAACCCUUUUAACCAUGAAUUGACCAGAGAAGCAGAUUUCUUUGUCGAUGCAAACACAACUGUGAAGGUCCACAUGAUGAGCCGUGAAGGUUAUUAUGAUUUUUUCCAUGAUGACGACUUGUUGUGUUGGGUGGUCAGACUGCCUUACAAUGGAGAUUUCUCAGCAUGGUUCAUUCUGCCAGACAAAGGCAAACUGAAGGAAGUGGAGGAUGCUUUGGUAGUAGGCCUUCUGAACAAAUGGAGAACAUCUCUGAAACACAAAAAAAUAGAACUGCGUAUUCCAAAAUUUUCCAUUUCUGGAUCCUAUGAUGUCAAAGCCUUGUUGCAGAGAGAAGGUGUGAAUGAUGUCUUUAAUGACAAUGCUGAUCUAUCUGGGAUUACUGGACAACGCAAUCUGAAGGUUUCCAAAGCUAUUCACAAGGCUGUGCUGGAUGUUCAUGAGGGAGGCACCGAGGCAGCAGCAGUCACUGUCGUAGAUAUUACAUUCUCUGCUCUAUUACCUCCUCCUCCCAUCCUUGAAUUUAAUAAACCCUUCUUAAUGUUCAUUACUAAUAAGGCAACCCGUCACUUUGUCUUCAUGGCAAAAGUUCAUAACCCAACUGCAUAAUAAAUAUUAAGUGGAAACCAAGAAACAUAUAAUUACAACCUGUCCAGAUGACCCCCUCCCACUGUGUGUAUUGCACUUACGUUCAUAUUUGCCUUCCCUUCAUAAUGUCAUAAGCUUAUGUUUUGAGAGUGAUUGCCAAACCUUUAGCUACUAAAUGAAUUAGAUGUAUAAACCUAUAAACUGUUCAGUUCUUUUCAGGUUAACAUUCAAGGUGCCUUGUUCCAUCCCUCUCUGAUUUCUUUUUCUAAAAGUCUAACUUGAAUGAUUCUUUUGCAAUAGCUUGAUGCCUGUUCUGUGUCUUCUUACCAUCUAUGUUUUAAUAAAUUACGCUACAUAUUACAAUCA